GGUGUUAAAGUGAGUUCGGCGCGGUGUGUGUGUCAGAUGUGUGGUCAGAUGCAAGUGUAAUCAAAUCGAAGUGAAAAUGGCUGAUGUUUUGUCUCCUGAUAUUUGGAAAAAUUGGGAGAAAUCAGGAAAGAAUGAAUUCACCAAGUUCUGUGUGCAGCUCAUCAAAGAUGAAUCGAAGAGUCCAAUGUUUGAUCACUUCACCGAGAUUGCAGGCAACCUGAAUGAUCUUAUUAUGAACGGAAUAAAUGGAGCGGUGAAAAAGGAGUCGGUUGUGAAUAUUCUACAGGAACUGGUUACACUGCACAACGAUGUGCCAUCGAUUAUAUUGGACAUACUGAAUAUAGCAGAUGCUGAAACAUCCGGAACGCAGAACGAUGAUUCCAAAGAGCGCUUGAAUUAUUGUUACAUUAUUAAGGAGUGCGAGAAAUUUUUAUCAGACAAACUCCUCAAGGAACGCCUAGAGAUUGAUUCCCUCCAGGAGGUUGGCAUUUUGAAGAACCGCACAUUCUACACAAAAUUUAUCAAAGUCAAAACAAAACUUUAUUACAAGCAGCGAAAAUUCAAUUUGUUUCGCGAAGAGAAUGAGGGCUUUGCUAAGCUUGUGACGGAAUUGAAUCAGGAAUUCAAGAAGGAUAUGAAGCAUGAGGAAUUGUUAGAUGCAGUUCAAUCUCUUAUUGGUUGUUUCAAUUUGGAUCCAAAUCGCGUGCUAGAUAUAAUAUUGGAGAGUUUCGAGAAUAAACCCGACGAUGCGCAUCUAUUCAUUCCGCUCAUAAAAUCGUAUAUGACUGAUCCCAAAACUAUAUCUGAGGUGCUGGGUUCAAAGUUUACUCUGCAGAAGAAUAGCGAUGCUGCAAUACCUCGAUCUCUGUACGUUCUAGCAGCUCAUCUACUCCAGUAUAAUAUAAUUAACUUGGAUGAUAUUUAUAUUUGGUUUUCGCCUGACGAUAAAGUGAUGGUGAAGGAAUGGGACAAGGAGAUGAAGGAUGCCAAGGAGUACGUGCGAAAGUUGUCAAUCAUUUCGAUAAAUAACAAGGAGAAAGAGGAAUCGCCGGAGGAGAAGGAGAAUCCGAUGGAGAAGUACAACACGAAUCAGAAAUUGAACUUGUGCGAGGCCCUGCUGACUGUCGGAGAUUGGGAAACGGCGCAGCUCCUGAUCGGGAGACUGCCCGAACACUAUGCCGUCAAUCAGGAGCCCAUCGCUAAGGCCCUUUGCAAUCUGCUUCACAACGUAAUCGAACCAGUCUACAGAUCAAAUUGGAAAAUGGGCAAUAUUCGGGGGAAAACGAUCGCGCCCCACCGGAAUCCGAAGGCGCCGAAGCGCGCCCACACCUUCUUCGAUCUACGAGACGAUGCCAUCCCGAUGCUGAUGGUGCUUGGACCGUCCCUGCACUUCGAUCCGAUCCUGCUCUAUAAGAUCGUGAGGUUAUCGAAGGUGGCCUUACUCCAGGACGGUAUAGAUGCCACGAAACCACCGCCCAGCGAGGAUUCACUCUACUACGACAUCGUCAGUCUGCUGGAUCACUCCGUCCUGCCAGCCCUCUCCUACUUGGACUGCAAUUGCUCGAUCGCCGAAGAGAUUUGGAGUCUCCUCAAACUGUAUCCUUACCAGACGCGUUACUGCCUCUACAGCAGAUGGAAGAACGAGACGUACACUAUAUACCCGGAGCUGUUGCGUAAACGCGGUGACUCCGAGAAGCGUAUCAAGAACAUAAUGAAGAGGGUUAGCAAGGAGAACAUCAAACCGGCGGGCAGGAUUAUCGGGAAGCUGACGCACAGCUCGCCCGGUUUCCUCUUCGACUACGUUUUGGUGCAAAUCCAAGUGUACGACAAUCUCAUCCAUCCCGUCGUCGACUCGCUCAAGUACCUGACUAACUUAUCCUACGACGUGCUCGGCUUCUGUCUGAUAGAAUCGCUGGCCAACGCCGAGAAGAAACGCGUUAAGCAUGAUUCCACCUCGAUCUCCAAUUGGCUCCAAAGUUUGUCCUCAUUCUGCGGGGCCGUGUUUAAAAAGUACAAUAUCGAACUUACCGGAUUGCUGCAGUUUGUCGCCAAUCAAUUGAAAGCGCAGAAAAGUUUGGAUUUGUUGAUCCUGAAAGAGAUCAUCCAGAAAAUGGCAGGAAUUGAUACGAUCGAAGAUCUGACUAUGGAUCAGUUGAAUGCCAUGUCAGGUGGUGAACUACUUAAGGUCGAAGCAGGUUACUUCAGCCAAGUGCGUAACACGAAGAAGUCCUCUCUCCGCUUAAAGGACGCCAUGGCCGAUCAAAACCUGGCUGUAGCUCUGUGCUUGCUCAUCGCGCAGCAAAAAUACUGCAUAGUGUACAGGGAAACUCAGCAAAGCCACUUGAAAUUGGUAGGUAAGCUAUCCGAUCAGUGCCAGGACACUCUCGUUCAAUUCGGAACCUUCCUCGGCUCCACCCUCUCAGUGGAUGAAUACGUGAACAAACUACCGUCCAUCCAGUCGAUGCUUUUGGAACACCACAUUCCCAACGAAGUCGCGUUUUUCUUGGCGCGACCCAUGCUCCAUCACGCCAUCAACAUAAAAUAUGAUCAAUUGCGGAAAGCCGAUCCAUCGAAGAAAGUUCCCAAAAAUCAGAAGUACUAUGAGGCAGCGUGCGAAGUGAUGUCGCCGGUUCAGAAGUCUCUCAUCCCGCUGCAUCUGCCCAAGGUGUGGGACGACGUAUCAACUCAAUUCCUCACAACUUUCUGGUCACUUACCAUGUACGAUCUGUCCGUGCCGGAUGAAACUUAUCAGCAAGCCAUCAACAAGAUAAAAAUGGCCUCUCUGGGAGUUGCCGAGCAGAAUCCCAGCAAGGGGAAGAAAGAAAUUGAGAGAUACAAUACGCUCAUCGAGAAGCUUCAGGAGGAGAAAAAGAAGCAGCACGAUCACGUCGAGAAGGUCAUGUAUCGCUUGAACCAGGAGAAGGAUUCCUGGUUCCCCUCCAAGUCAGCUAUGAACGACACCAUCACCAGAUUCCUGCAACUCUGCAUCUUCCCCAGGUGCACUUUUACAGCGAUCGAUGCCGUAUACUGUGCCAAAUUCCUGCACACCAUACACGCCCUGAAGACUGCGAAUUUUUCAACUGUUCUUUGUUACGAUAGAUUGUUCUGCGAUGUGACAUACACUAUUACUUCGUGCACGGAGAAUGAGGCGAUGCGCUACGGCCGUUUCUUACACGCCAUGCUGGAAACGCUGAUGCGCUGGCACAAGUCCAAGGACAUCUUCGACAAGGAGUGCUCAAACUUCCCCGGCUUCCUCACCAAACUCCGAGCCAACAAUCAGUCCGAGAACGUCGAUCAAGUUGGUUACGAAAAUUACCGGCACGUGUGCCACAAGUGGCAUUACAAGCUAACCAAGGCCCUCAUCAUAUGCCUUGAAUCCAAAGAUUAUGUGCAGAUCAGAAACGCUCUUAUCGUCCUGAUCAAGAUCAUUCCUCAGUUCCCGGUGCUCAUCAAGCUGAGCCAAAUCUUCGAAAAGAAGAUCUACCGUCUAGCGGAGGAGGAGAAGAACACCAGACAAGACCUGUACACUUUAGCCAUCAGCUACGUGGGGCAGCUGAAGAACAAGAUCGCAUCCGGCAACAUCAUGCAUGACAACGAAUUCCAUCAUCCAGAGAAGGAGAAGGCCGCCAAGUCGGUCGAUUCCAAGACAGAAUCGAAGCACAACGGAGACUCCAAAGAAGUCACUAAAGAAAGCAGGGACAAAUCCGAUCGCAAAGAAAAGCGACAGGCUAGCGAGGAAUCGAGAAAAUCGCAGAAUUCUUCUCAGGACAUUAUUUUGAACGAAAGAGUGAGCGAACGGGAACGAAGCAAAGAAGAAUCACGCGAGAAACACAAUAGAAAGGAGGAGAAACGAGAGGAAGUGGACAGGGAGAGAGAGCGGGACCGUGAGAAGCGCAGGGAGAGGAAAGAGGAGAAGAUAUCGUCGGGCAAGGACGAGAGGCAAUACAGGGAUGAACGAUAUAUAGAGAUGGUCAGUCCGAAGGAUGAAAUGCGGUAUUCGGGCCAGAACGAGAGAUAUUACGAUGAGAGGAGUACGAGCUAUUUCAUUAGAGAUUUCAGAGAGGAGCGCGACGUGGCUUUGAAUAAUGGGAACAAUUCCGGAAGCUCCAAGCACAACCAGGAGACCAACGACCCUGAUAGAGCAGAAGCUAAAAGAAGAAAAAUGGAAGGUCCAUCAUCGAAGAGUUACAAGCACGAAGACCGGAAAAUGCUGCAGCAAGUCGAGUAUGUGAUUGAGAAGAUGGAGAAGAAGGAGCGGUCCGGCAAGUUGAAGGAUAAACGUGAGAAGCUCAGCGACGAGGAGAAGGAGCUGAGGAAGGAACGAAAACUGGGCAGAAAACGAGAUCGAGCUGAGGAGGCGCUUCAAGCGGAGAUCAAAAGGAAAAGGGACGAGGAGAAAGACAGUAAUGUUUCAGCUGCGAAGAUGAUGCACCAGAACGGCGAGUUGGUCGAGUCUCCUCACGCACGCGAAAAGUACCAUCAUUCUAGGGAGAUGUCGCCUUACCUUCGGGAAAGGGAGAGGUCGCACGAUCGCGUCGAAAUCAGGGAGAAACAUAGACGCGGCGGAACGGAGGGCAGCAAACGGAGGUGAUCGAGGCCCAGGUUCUUUUAUAAAGGAUUUCUGUUCGUCGUUUUUAGCACUUAGUUUACCAUUCGGUUUCUAGACGUAACGAAAACAAAACAAAUAAUGGAAGAAUGAAAGAAAGAUAUAAAAAAAAAAA